AUGGUCUUGUUUGAUGCCUCUACUGGUAGUGGUAUCAGCCCAAACACAUUUGAACAAUACUACUGUGAAGGAACAACUAAGGAAGAAACAAAGAAAAAGUGUAGACAGAACGCUUUAAAUCGAAGCAAGCAACUAUACACACAUACUGGGGGCUCCAAAACAUUUUCAAGAAAAAAAGACGAAGUGGAGAAAGAGCAAGGAAGGCCUGUUGGUAGAGGAGAGUUGUUUAUCAUGACUCAUAAGAAAAAAGAUGGCUCGUAUAUCUAUCCCAAUGCACGUGUUGUUAGUGAAGCAAUUGCGAAUAUUGAUAGGCAGGAUGGAUCCUCUAAGCACCUUUCACAAAAUGACUCGCUAGCACAAGUUCUCGGAAAGGAGCACCCAGGACGAGUUCGUGCCCUACGUGCUGGACCAUGUCCCACCCAAGUCUUUGGUAAUGCUGCUGGACAACCGUCGGGUUCUGCAGAGCCUAAUGAAGAGUCCAAGAGGAGGAUUGCAGAAUUGACGGCUAAGCUAGAAGAAGAGCAGGCAAAGAAACAGUCAAUACAUAAGGUCUUGGGAUAUCUAGUCCAACAGUAA